GAAUAAAAACGUUCGUAAUGUAGUGAAUCAAAGGCGCACAGAGGACUUUGUAUAUAUUGGCAUUUCAAAUGCGGCGUAACAGCACAGCCUAGCGGUGAAUUAUGGAGCUGCGACAUGAAUGUUCCGGCUGGUGUUAGCUUGUGAGCACUCUUUGUUUUCAUGCUCUCUGGUUAGUUAGCCAAUAUGGCGGCCGCGUGAAGUUAAUGGUUUAUUUCCAACAAAAUGAGGCUCCCCCGUGGCUGCUUUGGGUUCCGUCGAUCUCACCUGGUUUGGGCCAUCCUGUUGCUCCUUUUGGUCGGUGCCGCUUUGUCGGCUCUACUGCCCCCUGCAGAGCACAAAGGAGUCGUUGAUGUUCUACGGCGAGCACCAUCGCAGAAUGAACGUCCUGCACAGGGUGGCAGCACAGAAGGCGAACGCAAGUUCACCAUCAUCAUCCAAACACACAAUCGCACAGACAUUCUGCUCAGACUCCUGAACCAUUACCAGGCAGUGCCUCACCUUCAGCAGAUUGUUAUAGUGUGGAAUAACAUCGGGGAGACGCCGCCCCUGACUUUAUGGACCUCCUUCGGACCCCAUCCGGUCCCUGUAGUGUUCAAGGAGCAGAGGAGCAAUCUAAUGCGAAACAGGCUGCAACCAUUCCCUGAGAUCAACACUGAUGCUGUAUUGAUGCUGGAUGAUGACACCCUGCUCAGCGUUCCUGACAUUAGUUUCGCCUUCUCUGUCUGGAAGCAAUUUCCAGAUCAAAUUGUUGGUUUUGUGCCUCGAAGACAUGUCUCAGCACCAGGGGGAGUAUACACUUAUGGCGGUUUUGAGCUGCAAGAUCCGGAAACAGCAGGAGGUGAUAAAUACUCCAUGGUGUUAAUUGGUGCGGCCUUCUUCCACCAACGCUACCUCCAACUCUUCCAGGACCAGCCUCCAGCAGUCCACACGCUGGUGGAUGAAACCCAGAAUUGUGAUGACAUUGUCAUGAACUUUGUUGUAUCACUGCAUUUGAGGAAACACUCUCAGACCGUAGGCGACUUUACCAAAUCAUCUGGGGUCUUCGUCAAACCCGUGGACAUGCGAAACCUGGAAAAGGAGGCCAAGAGUGGAUACCAGGGUAUGUGGCAUCGCCCUGAGCACUUUCUUCAGAGGUCCUACUGUCUGAACAAGCUGACACAGAUAUACGGCUACAUGCCACUCUCCUUCUCAAACCUGAUGGUGGCUCAGUUUGGCUUCCCCAGCUAUGCCAACCACUAGAGCAGAGGUUGAGGAAGUGGUGGCCAAUGGAAAAACACAUAUUUGGUAGGAGAUUCUGCUUAAAUGUCUGACAAGUCUGAGUUUUACUCAGAAAGUACAUCUGAUUUUAGUGCAGUGACUUUAUAACCAAUAACUUGAGAUUUACAGAACUGAGGCCUUUCAUUUACAAAAAUUUAAACGAUUCUUUAGGAACAAUAGGUGCAUUUUAAGUUCUUUAAUAACUUUGGCUGCAUAGGGCACAAAUUUUAUCAUGGAUACAUGGAUAUGUGUAGAGAUGUAUGUGUGUGUGUGUAGUGUGGGCUUAGCUUAUUAGGUUAUUUUGCAAAGGGCAGGUGCUUUUCCAAGGAUACUGUUUUUCAGUAAUUCUGCUUCAUAUGCACUUCCUGUGUAUGAUCAGGCAUCAUGACCAACACCUGGUAUUUAAAAGGUUCUAAAAUUAUUUAAAUAUUUGACGUCUGAUCAUAGCUGAAAAAAUUAACUUCAUAAAUCAAUGCAAAUUAAUGUGUAAUAUUCUUUGCAAUUUAAAUUUACAAUUUAAAAAGAGGAUCUUGUGUGUAGGAUGUUAAAAAGGGUCCCUUUUAUGGUUAAACAUCCAUCCAUUUUCCAAGCCGCUCAUUCCCUAAUGAGGGCUAAUACGUGGCUGGGUUAUGCUAUGGGCGAGAGGCAGGGUACAUCCUGGACGGGUCGCCAGCCCAUCGCAGGGCAACACAGAGACAGACAACCACACACACACACUCACACCUACGGGCAAUGGAGAGAGUCCAAACUGCACGUCUUUGGACUGUGGGAGGAAGCCGGAGAACCCGGAGAGAACCCACGCAAACACGGGGAGAACGUGCAAACUCCACACAGAAAGGCACCAGAAAGGCCGCUUCCGGGAAUCGAUGUUUGUGAGGCGACAGUGCUACCCACCGCACCACCGUGCCGCCCAGGGUUAAACAUAUACAGUACUAUUCACAGACAGUCCCAUUGACAUCAUGACACUAAUAUGAUCCAGGUAAAUAAAGACAAACAUAUUUUACUCUGAGA